UUCUUCAUUUUUCUUGUGUGAAAUUUUUACAUGUGUUAGUGUUUGCGAAAAACUGAAUAUGGACGAAUAGGUUUUAAAAUUACCUAGCGUGUGUUGUGUACGUUUGUUUUAGAUUAUUAUAAAACAUACUUCGUCAAGCUGGGUGCCAAAACGGUGGAAAGGUUUUUGAACCUUGCCGACGACAAUUUUAUUGAAGAUGUCAAAGAAGACCUAAAAUGUUUUUUUGCGGAAAAAAGAGUUGACAGUGUUCUAGUAUUUCCACCUGUGAGUAACUACCGAAGAUUUCUUAUCCAUCGCUGUGUGGAGCAGUUUAGUCAACCAGAUCUUGCCACCUUCUCUAUAGGUGUCAGUGACGAGCGACGAACUGUUGUUUGCUAUCGAGAUAAAUUACUGAGUGAUGAAGCUUGUGCAAGACCAACCAUGGUCCUGACACAGACAGAAAAGCCGAGUGACACCCAAAAUGGACAAAAUGCGGUGGGGAGCUCUGCGCGAGCGCAACCUCAGGAGAAGCCAAGAUCCGGUUCGUCGAAACCCAGACGACCAGAUCGAGCUGUCUAUGUUCCAAGGGCUUUGCGAGGAGGUGCAGACAACACCACAGAUGAAAACAAACCUUUAGAAAACAAGCGAACCAGUCAUAGCGCCGACGGAAAGUGUCCAAAAUCUCCUGGGUCCAAAGAAAAGUCCGUUCACGGUACACCCAAAAGAUCUCUAGACAAGAAUUUCUGCAACGUUUACACACCGCCUCAUCUCAGGAAUCAAAGAUCUCAGACAGCACACAUCGAGAGUGAGCCUCCUAGCGAAAACACAACCGUGCCUUUCGGCUGUCAAGUGCCAAAUAAUCAUAGUGCAAUAUCAAUUAGUGAUAAUAGUUAUAAAGAGUUAGAAGGAGAGAGUUUCUAUAUAGGAGAUUAUUUUGCUAACGGACAGCUAGGUUUUUACUCACCUAAUUUAUACGAAUACAACGAUAUACAAAACGUCGAAGAUUGGAGGACAAAUGAAACUGAAGACUUGAAUAUGUCACUUCAACAAAAUCAAGGCAAUAUUAUUGAUAAGGAUUAUUUAUAUGACAAAGAUGAAGAUGUCGAGAAGAAUGAAUUGAAGCGAGCGUCACAAGAAAUUAAUAGGAGUAGUAAGAGAAUUAUCAAGCAGACGUUUGACUCGGAUGUUUUAGUGAUAUCAGAUCCGAUAGAGGAGCCUGUUAGUCCUCGAUCGACAAGUCCACGAGAGAAAGACGAAAAUGAACUACCAAAAGAGCAGAAAAAGAAGACUAAACCGAAAUUGGAAGCAAAGGUAUCAUUAAAACGCGAGGAAAACGAUUGGGAUGCAGUGUUUGAUGAUAGUGGUGAAUGCCUGGACCCGUCUUUACUAGAAGAGCUUACAUCUACUGUUGGGAAAGUGCACAUAUCAAAAGCUAAGAACAAUUACGAUCAGUAUCAAACACGAGGUCAAGCGUUAUUCAAUGGGCCCUAUGACGAGACGUUUGCGCAUGUCGUGGAGGUGUAUGAUUUUCCAAAUGAAUUUAAAACGAAUGAUAUAUUGUCGCUGUUUAGUGAAUAUAAAGAUACUGGGUUCGAGAUUAAGUGGGUGGAUGAUACGCAUGCCUUAAUUGUAUUCAGUAGCGCAAAAAUUGCUGCGGAAGUAUUGUCUACUCAACGCUCGCUUGCCAAAUGUCGGCCGUUGCAUGCAGCCACCCUUGAAUCGCGAAAUAAGGCAAAGAAAUGUGCAGAGUUCCUUCAACCAUACAGACAACGGCCAGAAACGUGUACUGCGCUUGCGAGGCGACUGGUCUCUGGCGCUUUGGGUGUGCGAUUGAGCACUGCCAGACAGGAAAGAGAUGAAGAAAGACGCCUUAUUACUAUUGCUAGAGAGAAGAAACGCAAAGCGGCCCUUCAUAAAGAGGCAGCUUGGGACGGCUCGCUUGAAAAUUCGUUGCAGUCGUUAGAUACCUGACCAAAAUAUAUUGGAUCAAGCAUGAACACCACGCCCACUCGGACAUAGCUAAAUAAAGUUAUUUUUUAUAAACAAUGCAUAGUUGCGGGGUUUUGAUCGCCGGCUUAGUUAUAAUUAGUUGAAUUUUAUUAUCGUAAAGGGGGCGACUGCAAGCUAGUAGCGGAAAGAUAGAUUAAAGCAAGUUUCAAAUGUUAUCUUACAUAAAGCAAAUUAAAUAAACAAAAACUUUAGUAAUAUCCAAAUAAAUGAUAGAUUUCUUGACUUCGUUGGCCUGAUUGUUUGUCAUUUCAUGAAAUAAUCGAUUUUACAAUCUGGCCACGACAAGAAAUGAGCUAAACAAACACAUGUUCGUCUUAUAAACCUUACAUGAAUUUGGUUCAAAAUAGCAUAGCGCCCUCUUUGCGUCUGUAAGAGCCUGAUUAGUUUAAUGCAUAAAAAUCUCAAAUUUUUUGCUUGUGUAUCCUAUUUUAGUAUUUAUCACAAUUUGAUAUUUAAGUUGCGCUCAAAUAUUGAGAUUGCUUUAUAUUUCUUAUUUUCCAAGGCCUUAGCGCCGAUACGUAAAAGCGAAUUGCGCAAGAAAUGUUGAUAGAUUUGUUAGGACUCCGGAUAGGUUAGCGCUCCGUGGGCAUAUUUGGAUCGAAAUAAGCGCAUCCACGGUAGUGGGGAAAGUCGUGUUCCUCCUAAGGCCUCGGGAGAAUUAUUAUUGGACAGUCUUUAGUAUGAAGAUCUAAAUUUACGUUAUAUGACGUUCAACUCUUAGACUAGAUUAUUUGAAUACUUGUGUGUGAUAUGUAACUACAUGACAAUGAUUGAAGUUUAUUAAUAAUAAUUUUACUUUCAACCAAUUAUUUUACGUUUGACAAUGAGUACUUCUAAUAAGUAUAUGUUAAUUCAUCUACGGUACGUACUAACAGAAAAUUUAAGAUUCAAGCAAAUUGAGCUUUAAAUAUCUAAUAAUACGACCUAAAUUAGUAAAGGUAUUUUUUUUGUUUGAGAUAUGUUAUUACCGUGUUGCUUUUAACUGUAGCUUAAUUCUUAAGACCAAGAGCCGAGAUCAGUUUAGCUUGUUAAAUGUGUCCUUAUAAAACUAAGCUUAACGAAAAUUGCACCUUUCCGCCUGAAACUUGAAAUGUUUAAUAUUUAAUGUGUUAUUAAAUCACCCAUACUUGCCAUUGUAUUUUUAAUAAAUGUUUGCCAACGUGCAUUACAGUAAAAUCUUCUAGAAACAAAAUAAAAACCAAUUGCACAUGUAUCCACCUUAAAGAGACACACAGCAUGAUUUAUAUUAAAAAUAUUUGAUUAUAUCAAACAAAUAUAAAAAACAUGUAUGUUUAAGGGGAUUGCAGUAGAAUCUCGUUAAGUCAAAAUCCGGAGAAAGUCGAAAAAAAAUUCCAUUGCCUUCUGCUGAGCCCCUAAAUACGCGGUAUCUCGAAUCACUUAGACUUUGUAACUCGAACAAAAUGUUAUUUCCCUACGAAGUAUUGAUAAUACAUAUUUAUACUCUAUGACUCGAAUUUCAAAACGGAGACUGUAAGUCGUAGUUAGUAAAAUAUCCGAAAUAAUAGCAAUAAAAUCCAAAAUUAAUGUUCAGGUUUGGGGCGUAAAUCUAUUGUUUUUGUCUUUCACACGUGCAGUGAAUACAGUACAUUCAUAAUUUUUUUUACUGUUCAGUUUACUUAAUUAAUAUGUAAAAAAAUUAUAUACUACAAAUAUUAAGUUGAACUGUUAUUUAUAUUCCACUCUACAAAUCGAAAAAUACACAAAAAUCGUGACUCUGUAAGUCGAAAUAUCAACAAUUAAAUCAAAUAUAUCUCGAAGUUUUUGUCGAAUUUUUUUUCCCUUGACAUUCGAGUUAUCGAGAUUCCACUGUAUUUUGGGAAUGAUUCAAUAUUGAUAUGUCAGUAUUAAUCAGCUCUUCUUAGGUAAUAAUGUAUUAAAAUUUCAUCGAUAAUAUUAAUAGGGAACAAGUCCGUCAACUUUACAAUUAUUACUGACCUUAGUUUAAUAUUCAGGACAUAUUUCUAGUUUAGCUGUUAUAUGGUUUGUUUUCUGUCAGAAAUCGGCUUUUAUAUAUAAAAUGUUGCAUUAACUCAUUACAACUUAAUUAUAUAUUGCUAAGUCAAAAGUAAAAUAAUUUGUUUAAUUAUUUCGCCAAAUGUGUUGAAUGCUUGGUGUGGUCAAUUUCUAGUCUGCUUAUAGAUAAUGAUCAAAACCUCCGCGUAUAUUUUUAAGCAAUAAAUUGUCUAUGAAUAAAAUAGUGUAGACUGAAAUAAAAAUGUCUAUGGGUCUGUAGACUCGUGUUCUUUUUAUUUAUUAUGUGCACCGUUUUUAUAUUCUAAAACAUUGUAGAAAAUUUUCCAAAUAUUCUGUCAAUUAACAUUUUAAUGGGAUUUUCGAAUGCUGUUGUAAUGAAAAUGUUACCAAAUUAUACUAAAGAUACUUAUUUCUGCAGUGUUUAAUAAGAUUAUUACUUUGGAAAUUUGUAUCUCUAUACGUGAUUUAUAUACAUCUGUUUUAACUCAGUGGUUCUUUUAAUAUAUUGGAUUUGAUUCACAGGAAAUAUUAGGCUUUAGUCAAGUAUUCACUUUUAGCUAUUAACCACUGCCGUCCACACAUACUCUUAGAACUAUUGGUUGUAUUUCCAACGAUACAAGUAUUUUUUUUUCUAUAUCUAAUCUGUAGUUGUGAUGUCUUGUGACUUUGUGCUGUAUCUGUACAAAAAUUAUAGAAACUUUAUUUUUGUAAACACUCUCAAGUUGGCAUAAUAAAUAAACUGUGACUUAUA